ACGCAGUCGGCAGAGCCAGGCUGCAGUAUGCGGAGCAGCUGAUGCUCCUGCUGGGCUAAAAAUAAUCAACUUUUUUUUCUGUUCAACUUUCAAACUGUAUGUUGUGUCUUUUCCUCUUCUUUUUCUCCUUUUUCUGUUUCCUUUCUUUUAAAAACAAACAAACAAACAAACAAACACUCACCAGGCGUCCGGAAUGAAACGGAGUCAAUAAGGAUUAUUACUUUUCUCCGAGACCGACUCGCGGCUUGUGUGGAGCAGCUGGGCGGUGGCAUGGCCCUGUCGUUUUGCGGCAACGACAACGGUAUCAAUGCCUACACCGUGAAGGAGGGCGUGCUGAACAAUGGCUGCUUCGUGGACGCCCUCAACCUGGUUCCCCAUGUCUUCCUGCUCUUCAUCACCUUCCCCAUCCUCUUUAUCGGCUGGGGCAGCCAGAGCUCCAAGGUCCAGAUCCAUCACAACACGUGGCUUCACUUCCCCGGCCACAACCUGAGAUGGAUCCUCACCUUCUCGCUGCUGUUCGUCCACGUGUGCGAGUUCGCCGAGGGCAUCGUCUCCAACAAUAGGAUGAUGGAGACCAACCACCUCCAUCUCUUCAUGCCAGCCUUCAUGGGUUUCGUAGCAGCCACAACAUCAGUGGUUUACUACCACAACAUCGAGACGUCCAACUUCCCCAAGCUGCUGCUCGUCCUGUUCAUCUACUGGGUGCUGGCGUUCAUCACAAAGUCCAUCAAGCUGUGGAAGUUUGCAGAGUACCAUGUUGGACCACAGCACCUGAGGUUCUGCAUCACAGCGCUGUUAGUGUUGUUGUACGGACUGCUAAUGGCUGUAGAGAUCAACGUCAUCAGAGUCAGGAAAUAUGUGUUCUUUGCCAACCCACAAAAGGUGAAACCACCAGAGGAUUUACAGGAUUUGGGAGUUCGCUUUCUGCAGCCGUUUGUCAACCUGCUGUCCAAGGCAACAUAUUGGUGGAUGAAUCCUCUCAUCAUGGGAGCCCAUAAGAGGCCCAUAGAGCUGAAGAAGAUUGGCAAGCUGCCCAUCGCCAUGAGAGCCCUCACCAACUACCUACGGCUCAAAGACGCCUACGAGGACCAGAGGACGGCCGAGGAUCCAGAUCGCGCCCCAUCGAUCUGGCGCUCCAUGUAUCGAGCGUUCGGUCGGCCCAUCCUGCUCAGCAGCACCUUCCGCUACCUGGCCGACCUGCUGGGCUUCGCCGGGCCGCUCUGCAUCUCUGGCAUCGUGAAGUACCUGAAGACUGAUGAUGAAGUUGCAACGCCAGACAAGAUCAAGGAGACCUAUUUCGGUGUGUACUUCAUGUCUUCGACUGAGCUGCUGCAGAACACUUCAGUCCUGGCUGUGCUUCUCUUCCUGGCUCUAAUCCUGCAGAGGACCUUCCUGCAGGCCUCGUACUAUGUCACCAUAGAAACAGGCAUCAACCUGCGGGGAGCCCUUCUGGCGAUGAUUUACAACAAAAUCCUGCGUCUGUCCACCUCCAACAUGUCUAUGGGGGAGAUGACGCUGGGGCAGAUCAACAACCUGGUGGCUAUAGAGACCAAUCAGCUGAUGUGGUUCCUCUUCCUCUGCCCCAACCUGUGGGCCAUGCCUGUACAGAUCGUAAUGGGAGUGAUCCUGCUCUACUACUUGCUGGGUUGGAGUGCCCUGGUUGGAGCAUCUGUCAUAGUCCUGCUGGCACCAGUCCAGUACCUCAUAGCUACAAAGCUGGCGGACACACAAAAAAGCUCACUAGAACACUCUACAGAUCGACUGAAAAAAACCUCAGAGAUCUUAAAGGGCAUCAAGCUGCUGAAGCUGUAUGCCUGGGAGAACAUCUUCUGUGAUAGCGUGGAGGAGACCAGAGGAAAGGAGCUCACCAGCCUCAAGACCUUCGCUUUCUACACAUCUAUGUCCAUUUUCAUGAAUGCCGCUAUUCCCAUUGCUGCCGUUCUCGCGACGUUCGUGAUGCAUCACUUCCUCAAUAAAAGCGGUCCCAGUCCUUCUGAGGCCUUCGCAGCUCUAGCGUUGUUCCACAUCCUGGUCACCCCUCUCUUCCUGCUCUCCACCGUUGUCAGAUUUGCUGUCAAGGCUCUGGUCAGUGUCCAGAAGCUUGGUGAGUUCCUUCAGAGUGACGAAAUUGAAGACGACAGCUGGAGAAAUGGAGACAUGACGGUUUCGUUCGAAGCUGGAAAAAAAAACCCGGGAAUGACCAAAGCCCAUAACAGGAAGAAGCCAAUGCGCUACCAGAUGGACAACUACGAGCAGCCGACCAGGCGACAGAUGAGACCCACGGAGACAGAGGAUGUGGCUGUAAAGGUGAGCAAUGGAUUCUUCACGUGGGGAAACAACCUGUCCACACUGUCAGACAUCAACAUCCGCAUCCCCACAGGUCAGCUGACGAUGAUCGUGGGCCAGGUGGGUUGUGGGAAAUCCUCCCUGCUGUUGGCCAUGCUUGGUGAGAUGCAGACCAUCGACGGAAGAGUCCACUGGAGCAAGCUGCCUGAUUGUGAGAUGGCCUACGAAGGGAACAUAAGUUGGUCAGAGACAGAGGAGUUUGACGAAGACUUCAGGAGCAAGAACAGAUACUCUGUGGCCUACGCUACCCAGAAGUCCUGGCUGCUCAACGCUACCGUGGAGGAGAACAUCACCUUCGGCAGCCCGUUCAGUAAACAGAGGUACAAGGCAGUGAUUGACGCCUGCUCUCUGCAGCCUGACAUUGACCUGCUGCCUUUUGGAGAUCAGACUGAGAUUGGAGAAAGGGGCAUCAACCUGAGUGGAGGUCAAAGACAGAGAAUCUGUGUGGCCAGAGCUCUCUACCAGAACACCAACAUCGUCUUCUUGGACGAUCCCUUCUCGGCGCUAGACAUCCACCUCAGCGAUCACCUGAUGCAGGAAGGAAUCCUCAAGCUUCUGCAGGACGACAAACGGACCGUGGUCCUGGUCACCCAUAAACUGCAGUACCUCACACAUGCAGACUGGAUCAUAGCGAUGAAGGACGGCUCUGUGCUGAGAGAGGGAACUCUGAAGGACAUCCAGAAUCAUGACGUUGAGCUUUACGAUCACUGGAAGACCCUGAUGAACAGACAUGACCACGAGCUGGAGAAGGACAUACAGCAGGACAGUCAAACAACUCUAGAGAGGAAAACACUAAGGAGAGCUUUCUACUCCAGAGAGGCAAAGAACCAGAUAGACGAUGAGGACGAAGAGGAGGAAGAGGAGGAGGAAGAUGAUGACAACAUGUCCACAACCACUAAUAGAAGGUCGAAGAUCCCAUGGAGGGUGUGCUGGUGUUACCUGUCCUCUGGUGGGUUCUUCAUGGUCUUCCUGAUGGUGUCGUCUAAACUUCUCAAACACUCUGUCAUCGUUGCCAUCGACUACUGGUUGGCUCUCUGGACCUCCUCCAAAACCAAUCAGAGUACUGGAGGAGGAACGGACCUGACCAACGGGACCAGCACGGUUUACGGCAGCAACAGCACGCAGCCCACGUUCGCUACUGUGGAGGAUGAGCAGGACUCCUACUACCUGCCGGUGUUUAUCAUCCUGUGUGCGGCUGGAAUCACGCUGUGCCUCAUCACCUCUCUCACCGUGGAGUUUCUGGGUCUUUCUGCAGCCACCAACCUGCACCACAACCUUCUCAACAAGAUCAUCCACGCUCCCAUCAGGUUUUUUGACAUCACUCCUCUGGGGCAGAUCCUCAACAGAUUCUCAGCUGAUACCAACAUCAUAGACCAGCAUAUUCCUCCGACGCUGGAGUCUUUGACGAGAUCCACGUUGCUCUGUCUGUCGGCGAUCGGGGUCAUUUCCUCCAUCACUCCAGCUUUUCUGAUCGCCUUGGUUCCGCUGGCGGUGGCCUUCUACUUCAUCCAGAAGUACUUCAGAGUGGCCUCCAAGGACCUCCAGGACCUUGAUGACUCCACACAGCUUCCUCUGCUCUGCCACUUCUCCGAGACCGCUGAAGGUCUCACAACUAUCAGAGCAUUCAGACACGAGGCUCGUUUUAAACAGCGCAUGCUGGAGCUAACAGACACCAAUAACACAGCAUACCUGUUUCUGUCUGCUGCAAACCGCUGGCUGGAGGUCCGAACGGACUACCUUGGAGCAGUGAUAGUGCUGACAGCAGCAGGAGCCUCCAUAUGGAGUUCACUCUAUGGUCUGCUUCGUGGAGGCCUGGUGGGCCUCGGACUCACAUACGCUCUCACUGUCACCAACUACCUGAACUGGGUCGUGAGAAACCUGGCAGACCUGGAGGUCCAGAUGGCAGCUGUGAAGAAGGUCAACAGCUUCCUCGGCACAGAAUCGGAGAACUACGAGGGAUCUAUGGGCGCCUCUCAGGUGCCUGAGAACUGGCCCCAGGAAGGUGAGAUAAAGAUCCAGGACCUGUGUGUGCGCUACGAUCCCAUGCUCAAACCGGUGCUCAAACAUGUCAACGCGUACAUCGAACCAGGCCAGAAGGUGGGAAUCUGCGGUCGCACAGGCAGCGGGAAGUCCUCUCUGUCGUUGGCCUUUUUCAACAUGGUGGAUAUCUUUGAAGGGAAGAUCGUCAUUGAUGGGAUCGACAUCUGCAAGCUUCCUCUGCAGACACUCCGGUCUCGACUCUCCAUCAUCCUCCAGGAUCCGGUGUUAUUCAGUGGAUCAAUAAGGUUUAAUCUCGACCCAGAGAGGACGUGCACCGAUGACCGACUCUGGGAGGCACUAGAGAUCGCUCAGUUGAAGAACAUGGUGAAAGCGCUCCCUGGAGGACUAGAUGCGGUUGUAACAGAAGGAGGAGAGAACUUUAGCGUCGGUCAGAGGCAGCUCUUCUGUUUGGCCCGAGCUUUUGUCCGAAAGAGCAGCAUCCUUAUCAUGGACGAAGCCACGGCAUCUAUAGAUAUGGCCACGGAGAACAUCUUACAAAAAGUUGUGAUGACUGCAUUUGCAGACAGAACAGUCGUUACAAUCGCACACCGUGUCCACACCAUCCUAACAGCCGAUCUGGUCAUUGUGAUGAAGCGAGGGAACAUUUUGGAGUACGACAAACCUGAGACUCUUUUGGAGCAGGAGGAUGGGAUGUUUGCCUCAUUCGUCAAAGCUGACAUGUAGACGCACAGUCAGUCAGUACGCCCAACAACUGACAGACUGAUCAGCUGGUCGAUCUACUUCUUUUGUGUUUUCUCACUAAGGCCGACUGACCUCUGUGUCACUACAACACUUACUGAAGCCAAUAGCACACAAUUGUGUGUUUCUUGAAUGAGAAGCUUCUCUGUGUACUCAAUGGAAGGGGAAAAAAGAUCCAGAAACCCCAUCAAUCACUAGUUGAUGUAUUUGAGAAGUUGUACUUGAAUCAGUCAGUUAGCCAAUUAAGCCUGUUUUUUAUAAAUGACAUAUAGAAACAUUGUGUAUCAUUUAAACCAUAAAAGUCCAUUAAUCAGUUAAUCCAAUUUGCACAUAUGACAUAUAUUGGAAAUACAGAUAUACAGAGAGUUUUUCUGUACGGUAAACAAUAGAGAAAUUAUUGGAUCAUUGACCUUUAAGUAACUAGUAUUUAGAUACUGUAUAAUAAGAAUAUGAAAGAAAAAAGUCAUAUUUUUAUGUCCCUAGAAAGCUAAUAUUUGAUGCUAAUGGAUAGAUCUUGAUUUGUCGUAGAUAUCUUGGACUAAGAAGAAGACACAAGAAUAUAUCUUACUUGUGAUCUCGGACUAAGACUGUUGAAAGAAUAAGGCUGGCAUUACUGUGUUUUUCUUAAUGCCCGCAAAUCCUGAAAAGACCAAAACCAACAAUGUGUUCAUCCAUCUCUUUCUGACUUCCUGUCUGUGGGUCUCAGCCCAUUAGUAGUAGUGGAGUAGAGUGACCAGGUGUCUCACUUAUGUAGGACUGCACUGCCUUUUUAUUGUGGUAAAUACAAGUUCAUUUAUUUUUUUAGAAUUUUUUAAAAGCACAAUAUCCUCAACCUAGCCUAUUGAAAAACGGCAAGAAAUAGGGAAUUUUUGGGGACUAUUUUCAGCGGUGGAUGAAUACACAUAUAAUAGUCUAGGAAUCCAGUGCAAAGGUUUGACUUAUUGAUGCGUUUCUGGACAACAAUGGAGCUCUAUGGCACAGAGGAAGAAGCUAUAUUAGGCUUUGAUAAGCUCACAGUUCUUGUUAAUAGAUGCAUUCACUGUUGGUUUUGGUCUUUUUAUGAGAUUUAUUGAAAAUAAGAAAAAUAUAGACAAUGACUGGUCUUACGAUUUAAGUUCUGUCCUUUAACAGGACUAUAAGCACCGUUAUGCAUAUCAUUGGAAAAUCAAUCACAGGUCUUUUGAGUGAUUGAGCUUUGACACUUCCUGUAUCAUAUGGACAUUUAUACUACACUUUAGUUUUUGUAUUUCAUAGUUUUAGAUUGAGCAGAACUUUUAGGUCAUUUUAAUUUGAUUUAACUCCAAAAGUCUUUAAUUAUCUUGUUAAAAAUAUUUGUUACAUUUAUUUUAAGCUCAUGCACAACACGCAUCAGUUGUAUUACUCUUAAAGCACUUAUAUUAUGCAAAAAUAAGGAAGGGAGAAACUUGUAUUUAAAAUAACUAAAUGUUGGCUCUGGCCAGUGUUUCUGUGCUCUGCAUAUCAAUACACUAUGCAGUUUCUCACUGUAAAGGAUUUGUAUUUUAAUAUUUUAGACAUUUUUAUGUUAAGUUCUGCCACAGAAGUAAAACUGAUAGAACUGUUGCAGUCGGUAAGCUGUUUUUUAUGAACCCCUUUGUUGCAUCAAACCAAACUGUACCUGAGGCUGAGAAGAACAGGAUCUCUUAGCUACAACUUGAAGCUCCUAUUCCCAAAUCUAAGAACAAGCGUGACAAAGGAACUCAACAUCGAAGGGGCUGCUGCUAUUUUCGCUGCCUGUUUGGAAACACUUGUGCAACUUGUGACGCCAAAGUUGGGAAAUCAGACCUUACAAUGUCUUUGUCAUUGUCUUUUGAAAUUCCACCAGGAGGUCGACCUGUAUGUCUUUUUCCCAGUUUUCAAUGCUGUAUGAUGUCAGUGUGGAAAAGAAUUUCCUCUGGGAGAGAUGAGCAGACGUCUAUGAUGCAACAGCAAAGCUCCCACGGUGAGAGAACAGAAGGAGAAUCAUGAGCAAGUGGGGCCAGUUGCCAAACAACUUUGGUGUGAAGAAGGUGGAAAUAUACCAGAAACAAAACCAGGAUUUGGUUCUUCACACAUGCAAAAUGUUUAAUUGUACUUCUUUGGCAACUCUGUAAAAUGCUUUAACUUUAUUACAUUCAGAAACAGUUGUUGGUUUUACUUCUGCUCAUUUCCAAGAUGAAUCACUUAAUAACUUAAUAAGCUUGUUAAAGUUAGAAAAAGAUGUGUGCAUCAGGCACAACACACUACAUCCAUUAAACCUUAAACUUAUUUCUGUGAUUUAGAAUUGAUCAUAUUUGAUGUUUUCAAAUUGAACAAUGGGAAGUAAAGUCUAUAAAGUGAACAAAACAAUACCUAUUGGGGGAAAAAUUUAUGGUUUUAUUUCUAGUUUACUUCCACCUUUCACUCUGUUCUAUCAGUUGUAUUUCUACGCCUACACUAGUACAAACACUGUAGGGUGUCAUGGCUCAGGCUGAAGCCGGUGAACCCGCUGUCUGUCUGCAGUCAUGCUUUGCUGAACUUAUUAUCCUAUGGGACAAUAGACACCCAACAUGAGCUCCCGUUAACUCCGGAGAUGUUUAAUGGUUUGAGAUUUUAAGAUACUGAAGAGUUCCAGUGAAAAGUUGAUCCAGAAUCUAAACGUGAAUCAAUUUUUAGUUGCUGAGAGGAGUUCCUCAAUGUAAAGGUUGUAACUAAUUAAUCAACAUUUUUUAGAUUGACGAUGAAUCAAACGGCUAAAUUUAAUGUAAAAUGUGUCCAUAGAGAAUUGUAAGUUUCUUUUUCUACUCACAAACCAGACAAAGGUUAAUCAGCUAGUGAAGGAAAUGGAGCAUUUAGCAGCUAAAGACAGAUCAUUUUUUAUUUCAGAGGUGGCCACAAACACAACUCCAAGUGAAUGCUAGUGUUAAUGGAUGUGUCAGGUGUUGUGUUUUCAGCUUGUUGCACUGCCCCAAAGUGGCCAAAAAAUCAAGUAACACAGCUUUAACAUGUCAGCAACAGACAUUCAAGCCCACUGUUAAUUAUAAGUUAUUGUACAGAGCCUUUGACAAUUAACUACAUUUUUGUGAGUAGAGUUGAACAUUGGUUGCAGGAGAAUUUGAAUUCUUUUCGGGGAAGUUACAUUGUCUAUGCAAACAGUUUUUACUUCCUUAACUCUGAUCUAGAUUAUAAUUACAUAAACAUGGACAUAAAAGUGAUUAUUCCCUUAAAGCAAUAGUUUAACAUUUUCAUUCUAAGGUAACAAAAACACAGCGAUUCCUAUAUUCAGGUGAUUACACACUAAUGAAAACUAAUGAAUAUUAUAUUCCAUUUCUGUCAAUAGAUCCUUAUACAUUUUACACACUGGACCUUUAAGUUUUAUACUUUGGAGUCUCACUGUUGAAAAGAACUCUCUCUAAUAGGUUUUUCUACAAUCACUUGUACACUCUGCGGGAGCGGUGCUAUUGUCCCUUCGUAUUAUUGUGAUCGAUUUAUACUUAUUUUGCUUUUAAAUGAGAUUUUUGAAUGACUUUGUAAUGUACAGACUAAAUGCCAAAUACAUUCUUUUGCAAGAAUUUCAACAUUUUUUUUUUGUUUUUUUAAAUAUUGUACUCACAGAUGUUUCAUCUCAACAAGCUGCCACUUCAGUUUUUCCCUGCUCGCUGGUUUUUCCUUUGUUACACAAUUCAUUCUGUAAGAUAUUACACCACAAAGAGCUGGUAGUGAUUAUAGCAACACGUGUCAGUUACAAGCCUGGAAGCACACCUGCAGUAUCUUUAUUUCUCACUCGUACGUCUUUUGUCUCUCCAGUUCCUCUUCUCUUAAUGACCGAUUCUUUGAUCCUGAUGCAGCUGUCUCGGCUUCCAAGUGCGUUUCAUAAAUCUUGCGUGUUUCGUUUACUGCAUGUGUGUUUCCAUGCAGCUUCUGUUUUGCACUCAUCAGCCAGAAACCUGCCGACUACUGCCUUGUAAAUUCUUCGCUUUGCACCCCCCUCAUAAAAACCCAUAUUUGUCUUCGAUGGAGAGACACAGGGAAGGCAGGUUUUAACUCAUUUAAUGAAAAGCAGGACACAUAUUUUAGUGUUUUUUCUUUUUUCAGUAUCAUAUUUAAAGUCUGUUUUGAACUUUUCUUCCCCAUCUUUUAGUUUUUGGGGAACAAACAAAUGUAUAGAGACGUUUGCAUGUAACACAGAGUGAACAUUACACACACAUUAUCCACACAGACAGUUUACUCUCAUGAAUGCACAUUUGACCAUUACAGAAUGCGACUUAAAUAUCAUUUUUACAAGUACAGGUAAGAUUUUUUUUAAAUGUAUGUAAGUGUACAUUCUGUAUAUCCAAGAAUUUUUAAACUUAUAUAGCAAAGGA